UUGUUACAGAAUCACAACCACAAGAACACUGAAGAGCACAGGCUGGAUAAAGGAAUGGAGUUUAAGACCUGCUUAGUACUAGCUACUGCUUUGUGUUUAGGAUUUGUAGGCCCUCAAAAGAGUAGUCACCCACCAUAUGCCUGCCAAUGUCUAAUGGAAGUCAGUGAAAGAGAUGAAUGUGAAUUUUCUUCAGAAAACAUUACUGCAGAGCAGUGCACAGCAAAUGGAUGUUGUUUUGAUGCAUCGAUGAUUGACGUCCCCUGGUGCUUCAAACCAUCAGGUGAAAGAGCUUCAGUAACCUAUGCAAGGAAAAUGAUUCCACCAGAAGAAAGAAAGGAUUGUGGCUAUCAAGGGAUCACACGCAAAAGGUGCAAACGAAUUGGAUGCUGCUUUGAUCUAAAGGCAUCUGGAGCACCAACCUGUUUUCAUCCUCCAGUAAAUGAUGCUUCUCAACACUGUGUAAUGGAAGGGAGCGCAAGGCUGGAAUGUGGUUACCCAAGCAUCACUGCUGAGGAAUGCCAAGCAAAGGGGUGUUGCUUCAAUUCAUAUGAUAUUAAUACCCGGUGGUGCUUUCAUCCUCUGUCGGACACAGUACCUGCGAGGCUAUGUGGAAUGGCACCCAAGAGACGAGUGUCGUGUGGAGCUCCUGGCAUCUCUGCUGAUGAAUGCAUGGCGAAAGGAUGCUGCUAUGAACAUUACCAGUAUGCCAAAACAGUCCCCUGGUGUUUCCAGCCAUAUGAAAAACAAGGAAAUUAUUAUAUGUUUAAUCUUCUAGAUAAUCUUAUUUCUGCUAUUGCUAAGCUUUACUGGUUUGACAGCCAUUCGUCAGUUAGGCAGGAGUCCCUGACCCCUGGGCAGCGGACCAUUGCCACUCCGUGGUCUGUUGGGAACCAGGCUGAGCAAGAGGCAGAAAUCAUUUGGCAUACAUUGGUAACAUGGGAUAACCAUGAGUUUUGUCUUUUGACAGCAAAAUGCCGAUGUGACGUUGAUCCUCACAAACGAUCCAACUGUGGACCUCCCGGGAUCACUCCCCAGGAAUGCGAAAAUAAAGGAUGUUGCUUCAAUUCAACAGUGCCAGGAGUCCCUUGGUGCUUUAAACCAACAAAAUCAAAAUGCCGGUGUGAUGUUGAUCCCCACAAACGAUCCAACUGUGGACCUCCCGGGAUCACUCCCCAGGAAUGCGAAAAUAAAGGAUGUUGCUUCAAUUCAACAGUGCCAGGAGUCCCUUGGUGCUUUAAACCAACAAAAUCAAAAUGCCGAUGUAACGUUGAUCCCCGCAAACGAUGCAACUGUGGACCUCCCGGGAUCACUCCCCAGGAAUGCGAAAAUAAAGGAUGUUGCUUCAAUUCAACAGUGCCAGGAGUCCCUUGGUGCUUUAAACCAACCCCCCCAAAAUAUAGAAAGGUGUGUCCUACAGAUGUGAAACUCCGGAAGAACUGUGGCUAUCCAGGAAUCCCGGCUGAUAAAUGUGCAAAGAGAAAGUGCUGUUUUGACAGCAAACCACCUGGUGUCCCAUGGUGCUUUUUUAAUAUCAUUGUGGAAGAAGAGUGUUAAAAUGAUGCUUCAGGAAGGAGCUUUCACAAAGAGCGUGCUUUCAACAGAACUAUUCAAGCACAAUGUUAUCCCAUGUGCUGUAGUAAUUUUGGUUUCUGUGAUACAUUAUUGCAUCUUAAUAGUAGACACUUAAUUACAGAUGUUGUCACUUCUUUACAUCUGCUAAAGGCAAUCAUGAUGAUAAGAAAGCAAUAUUUUUAUGUUUAUGAAUGCAUUAUAAAUUUGCCUCUUGUGUUGAUAUCCAGGUAGUAGCCUAUAUACGUGAGACAUUAACUUUUUGUAACUGAAAAUUUCAUUUUUGACGGGCUUCUGUGAUUAGAAAUAUACCACUUAAAUAAUAUGCUAUUAAAUCAUGCAAAACAAAUUGAACAUAAAUGUUUGUGCUAAUAGAUCAUCUA